CAGCCGCCACCCCUAAAUCCAAGGAAGCCCCGCACCCUCUUUGUGGGGUGAGGGGGGGCGAGCCGAGGGUCUUCGAGAUGAGCACAGCCCUGCGGUACAAGAGCAAGCUAGUCAACCCAGAAGAAAAGCAGGACCACGAGAAGCAGUAUGUGGGCUUUGCCACUCUGCCCAACCAGGUCCAUCGGAAAUCGGUGAAGAAGGGCUUCGAUUUCACCCUCAUGGUGGCAGGGGAAUCUGGUCUGGGCAAAUCAACCUUGGUGAACAGCCUCUUUCUGACGGAUCUCUACAAAGACCGAAAACUUCUCAACGCUGAGGAAAGAAUAAAUCAGACAGUAGAGAUCGUGAAGCAUACGGUGGACAUCGAAGAGAAAGGGGUCAAGCUGAAGCUGACGAUAGUGGACACGCCAGGCUUCGGAGAUGCUGUCAACAACUCAGAUUGUUGGAAGCCGAUCACCGACUACAUCGAUCAGCAGUUUGAACAGUACUUCCGGGAUGAGAGUGGCCUCAACCGGAAGAAUAUCCAAGACAAUCGAGUUCACUGUUGCCUCUAUUUCAUCUCGCCGUUUGGACACGGAUUAAGGCCGGUUGAUGUGGAAUUCAUGAAGGCGCUCCAUGAAAAAGUGAAUAUUGUUCCCCUCAUUGCGAAAGCCGACUGCCUUGUUCCCUCUGAGAUCAAGAAGCUAAAAGAACGGAUCCGGGAAGAGAUUGAUAAGUUCGGAAUUAAAGUUUACCAGUUUCCCGAAUGUGACUCUGAUGAAGAUGAAGAUUUCAAGCAACAAGACAGAGAACUGAAGGAGAGUGCGCCCUUUGCGGUCAUUGGUAGCAACACGGUGGUGGAAGCCAAGGGGCAGAGGGUCCGAGGAAGACUCUACCCUUGGGGCAUUGUGGAAGUGGAGAACCAAGCACACUGUGACUUUGUGAAGCUACGAAACAUGCUGAUCCGAACCCACAUGCACGACCUGAAAGACGUGACGUGCGACGUCCAUUAUGAGAACUAUCGAGCACAGUGCAUCCAACAGAUGACCAGCAAACUGACUCAGGACAACCGAAUCGAAAGUCCCAUUCCCAUCUUGCCGCUUCCAACCCCGGAUGCCGAAACAGAGAAGCUGAUCAAGAUGAAGGACGAAGAGCUGCGAAGAAUGCAGGAGAUGCUACAGAAAAUGCAACAGCAAAUUCAAGAGCAGUGAGAAGGAGCCAGGACGAAGAGAGCGACGGUGUGCGUGCGCGUGCGUGUAUGUGUGUGUGUGUGUGUGUGUCUGUGCACACCAUGGGGUCCAUCCCGCCUUGGAAAAAAAUCGGCUUCAGGAAACUUUUUCUUA